AUGGCUUCCACCAAGUCAAGUCUUCAAGCACGAUGCUGGGAGAAAGGACAGUUUCUUAUUUCUACCGACCCCAAACUGUUCCCUAUACAGCAGCUCAUACAGGUGUUCGAGUCCAGUGACUUUUACUGGGCGAAAUCACUGUCACCUCGAGUCAUGCAGGAGACGCUUGACAACUCCCUAUCUUUUGGCCUGUACAAGCGACCUCAGUCUACAUCCACCUCCGAGGCAACCGACUCGACAUCAGGGUUGGCGUUCAUCGGCAUAGCCCGCUGCGUUACCGACUUUAUCACGUUCGUGUAUCUCACGGAUGUAUGGGUUGAACCGACACAACAAGGAAAAGGGUUGGGAACCUGGUUAGUGCAGUGCGUGCAGGAGGUCCUUGUGGAAAUGCCGGACCUGAGGCGCAGCAUGUUAUUCACAGCGGAUUGGAAAAGAUCUGUCCCAUUCUAUCAGAAACUCAUGAACAUGGAAUUGAUUGAAUCAAAGCGAGGUGAAGGGCUAGCGGUCAUGGAAAGCAAGGGUAGAGGCCACCCAAGCUACGGUCGGGAAGGGACCGGUUAUUGA